CCGGGGCUGAGGGGAGGGGAGGGCGCGGCGGGCGUUCGGCGGGCCGUUGCCUCCCCUCCUUUCUUUCAGCCACCUACCCCCCCCACCUCCCCUCCCUUCGCCCCGGCGCUGCCCCAUGAGCUCGACGGCGGCGGCCCUCGCUGAGGGGGCGGCCCUGGCGGCGGCGGGGCCCGCCGUGCCCUACGCGGUGGAGCUGGGGCUGACCGUGCUCCACACGGCGCUUUACGCCGCCCUCUUCCUCUUCGCCUACCUGCAGCUCUGGCUGCUCCUCUACUACCGGGAGCGGCGGCUGAGCUACCACACGCUCUGCCUCUUCCUCUGCCUCCUCUGGGCCGCCCUCAGGACCACCCUCUUCUCCUUCUACCUGCAGAACUCCCUGCAGGCCCUCCGCCUCCAGCAGCCCUUCGCCCACUGGCUCCUCUACUGCCUGCCCGGCUGCCUGCUCUUCUCCAGCCUCUGCCUCCUCAACCUCUAUUUUGCUGAGGUGAUAUUCAAAGUGAAAUGUGCAGCUGAAUUCAACAAGUACAAAGUCCUGUUGUACCUGGGCUCCAUAUUUACCAGCCUCCUUUUCUUAGUUGUGAAUUUAACUUGUGCAAUGUUAAUCCACGGUGAGAUCCCAGAGAACCAGCUGAGGUGGACAGUCCUUGCCCGUGCCCUGGUCAACGACAGCCUCUUCAUCCUCUGUGCCAUCUCGCUGGCUUGCUGCAUGUGCAAACUUGGAAAGAUGUCUUCAGCGAAUGUCUACCUCGAGUCUAAGGGAACAUCUGUCUGCCAGGCGAUUCUUGUGGGCUCCGUAGUCGCUCUUCUGUAUUCCUCAAGGGCUUGCUAUAACCUGGUAGCCGUGGCCAUAUCUCCAGACAAUGUUCCUGGGCCAUUUAACUGUGGCUGGGACAACCUUUCAGACAAGGUGCACGUGGAAGUGAGCAGUGAGGAGUACGUGGUGUUUGGAGUGGUCCUUUUCCUCUGGGAGCUGGUGCCAACGACUUUCGUGGUCCUCUUCUUCCGGGCGCAGAGACUGAGUCAGAACUUGACUCCGGCGGGGAUGGUCAAUAGUCACAGCUACAGCUCCAGAGCCUACUUCUUUGACAAUCCGAGGCGCUACGACAGCGAUGACGACUUGUCACGGCUUGGGGCCAGGGAAGGAGGCUUGGCCACCCCCCAGUGCUCUGGCUGCUAUGGGUCCCUGGCUGGGAACGACAGCUACGUGGUGGGUCCCCAUCUCAGUGGAACCGCUACAGACAGUGCCCCCUUGCUCUUUGCCGCGGGCGGCUCGGAGACGAAUAAUCACCAUAGCUCAUACCCUGCUCCACAGAACUGAAGAGGCUGCGAGGUCCCUUUUCUUCCCCAGAAAUGGCAUUUCAUGUACAGGAUUGUAACUUGGGUUUUUGGGGUUGGUUUUUGGUUGGUUGUUUCUUUUUUUUUUUUUUUUAAUCCCUUCUUUCCUUCUUCCCCGAAGCAUCUUAACUCAUCGACACAAACAUUCCACGACCUGCUGCAGCCAUAAGCAGGACUUGAGCCUAUGGCUGCAGGGGGUGAGCAAGAGAACUGUGACUUUUAAGGUACCAUGUAGCAAAAGCGAAGCUGAACUCUCUCUGGAAGCUAUUUGUUGGGGGUUUUUUUGGUUGGUUUUUUUUUUUUCCUUGGUCUGGUCUUCAAGAUGUUGGCAGCUAAAUGCACCAGAGCUUCCUCUCUAGAAAAAAAGAAACAUCAAAAUGCAUAUUUUGCACUUUUAUCUGCACACUUGGAAGGAACGUAGAUCUUGCUCGUGGCCGUGCUCGGUCCGAGACUGUUUGUUUCUAGUUACUCUUUUUAAUUGCACAUCCAGAGCUGGGAGAGGCACCGUCUUCCUGCAAAGACGUGUUCCAUGAAGUACUCUGCCUCCUGACUCACGUGGGAGUGGGAAGCUCCAGGCCCCAGCGUGUUUUGGGGCAGGGCCUCCAGCAGUGAAUGUUCAAGCAAAAACUGUGCCAUAUUCCCACCUGGCUGGGCUGGCUCUUCCGGGCUGAAGGGUGGUCUUGCCGGUCCUGGUGUCACCUGGUUGCUGCUCUGUCCUGCUGUCUGUGGGCUCCAAGCUGACCUCCAAGCAUGUCCCCCCAACCUGGGAGGGUGAGAUGGAGUGCUCUUACUGGCGUUAAGCUCACUUUAGGUUGGAACCAACCCGCUCGAUUUUGGUGAAGGAAAAGGGUUGGUGUGGAUGGAGGGGGCAAAACAGGUCCCUUUUGGGAGACCUUAGCCCUGGCCCAAGGAGAGUGUGCGUGCAGGAACGUCCGUGGCCCAAAACAUGUGUGAAACCAGGGCUGCUUGGACUGGUGGGUGGUGAGAGCGCUCCUGCUCCCUCCUCUUCUUCACCCCUGGUGGGGCUCCCCUUCCCCCCCCUACCCUCCUCAGUAUUAAAUUGCGUUUAGCUGAUAAACCAAGAGUUUUAACCCGAAGUGAAUGUGAAAUGGUGGGAUCCCUGCUGAGAUGCGGGAGGUGUCUGUCCGUGGAGGGAAGUGGUUGAUGCUCCAGAGAUCUGGGCUCAUUGGCUGUCCCUUCUCCUGCUGUGGGGCAGGACCAUGGGCCUGGAGGAGUCUCCUGAUGCUCCAGGAGGUGUGUCAGCAGGGCUUUGGGCGCACACAGGGUCUGAGUGGGCUGGGAGGAGGUGUCUCCAUCUGUCUUGAACCAAAAUAGCCAAGUUGGAGCUUGGCCUCUAGCUCUGUGGAGCUCCUGGAGAUGAGGCUUGAUGUUAUUCCUUGGCUUGGCCCUCAGCCCGAUGUGGGGAUGAGCAAAGUAGCUUUGGAUGGAGACACUGGUCCAGGGAGGGCAACUGCUCUGACCUGUGGUGGCAACCUGAACUGGAACUGCUUUUUCCCCUACCUAGAGCUGCUCCUGCUCUUCAAACCCCAGUCUGAUGGUGAAGGACUUAGCUGGGAGUGGGGCUGUGGGACACGGGGCUGGGCUCUGGUGCUGGAGGAGACCCCGAGGCACCUUCUGUGUCCACAGCUGUGUGAGGGAGAACCUCACAAGCCCUGGGCCAGCUCCGGCCUCUCCUCACUGGCCAUGCGCUCACUAGGAUGGCCCCGUCACCUGCAUCACUUGUACUGAGCUAGAUGUCACUUGUCACGUUGAGAACACCCUGUCCCUCCCUGUGGACCUCUCCCUACUCACCCCCCACUUCACUCGUGGUGGCCCCAAACCAGGAGAAACCCCUGCUGCUCUUUUUUUUUUUUUUUUUUGAGAAGGCUCCGAGAUGACAACUUUUCAUUUCAACACAUCCCUCUUGCUCUAGUACUUGAACCAGGGAGCUCCACCCUUGACUGCUGUGAUGCUGUGACUCUCCAAGGGAUAAGGGACCUGUCCCCUGGGUUGGGCUGGGCUGGGCUGCAGGAAAGGGGUUGCUCCAUCUCAAUCACUGCUUGACUUAUGGCAAAGUCCUCCUUUCUUCUCCCCAUAAGUCACCAAAGACAGUAAGUGACACUAGUGGGCCCCCCCCUCCCCUUCUCCUGCCCUGUUAUGCUUAAAUUCCAAAGCACUAGGAGCACUUUAAGUUUUUCUUUGGAGGGAAAGGAGUGUAGUGCAAAAAAAAAAAAAAAGAAAAUAAUAAUUAAAAAAAAUAUUAAAGGGCUACAGGCUCAUUGUUCGUAUUGCACUGAAGCACACAACAACAACAUCACCACCACCACCAUGAUCUUCCUGGCACUGGGAUGGCAGGUUGGGGCAGGGAGUCUUGUUGCUAAAUGUACUCCUGAGGGACUGGCAAAAAAAAAAAAAGCAAAACAGAAAUAAAACAACAAGUGGUUUGGUUUUAUUCAUUUGUAUGGAUGGCCCUUAAUUUCCAAACUCCGACCCCUCCCCCUGGGGCCGGUCCCGUGUUUUACUGAAGUAAUUUAUAGCUGAGAAGUACAAUGACUUUUUUAAUGCAUAGUUGCCUUUUCAUUAAACUUUUUUCUUUUUUUUUUUUGUUUGUUUUUGGUAUGGUUUAACAGUAUUUUGGCUUUGCAGGCAGGCAGCAGCUGGCUGCCACAGGAAGCUGUGGCCAAUGAAUGUACCUAUUUGUUCUUCACUAAACUGUAACUGAGCACUACUAUGUUGAAAUAAUUAAAAAAAAAAAUAAAGAAAAUAAAUAAUAAAA